AAAAAUAAAAUUAUUUAAUAACGAAAAUAACUAAAACGACGAAAACGACGAAGCACACGCAUGUUUGAGUAAAAAGUAACGAGUAAUUUUCGUCCCCCGUUCGAAGACCACCGUUAUUUUUGAUAUAUUUUUUUUAGUUUGUAUUUCGGUGAAGGAAGUCGGCACAAUCGAAAUCGAAAGAUGACUUUCACUCGAUUAAAAACUCUGACAUUGCUCGUGUGUUGUACAUUAGUGGCACUCAGUUUUCCCGGAUAUGUGACUAGCGCUAACAACAACAACAACAAAAAAGGAUCACAGCCAGCAGCCGCCCUCGAACCGGAGGCGGUCAUCGAGGAGGUCAAUGCCAAGCAGUUGGAAAAACUUUUGGCUGACAAGGAUUACGUUGCUGUCUUCUGGUAUGCUCGCAGUUGUGUGACCUGUGAUAAGGUUUUAGCGGAACUCGAAAAAAUCGACGAUGACACCGACUCGUUCGGUGUGGAUUUUGUGAAAAUAAACGACAAACGACUAGCUAAGCAAUAUGGCAUCAAGAAUUUCCCGGCACUCACAUACUUUAGAGAGAAGGAACCCAUUAUUUAUGAUGGCGAUCUUAUGGACGAAGAAGGUGUCCUGGAUUUCCUUACUUCCCUCGAGGCCAUGGAUUUGCCCGAUCGUAUUGAGGAGGUCAAUGCAAAGAUAUUGCAAAAGAUCAUCGAGGAUACGGACUUUGUGGCCGUUCUUUUCUGUCCAGAUCAUGAAACAUGCCCGCCCAGGGUGAUGGAUAAACAGCAAUGCCGCAAGUGUGCCAAGGCCCUGCAAGAACUGGAGAACAUUGACGAUGAGGCCGAUCAGUUGGGCAUUGGCUUUGUCAAGAUACACGACGAGGCAUUGGCCGAUGAAUACAAUUUGGGCAAUUUGCCGGCAUUGGUCUACUAUCGCCAUCAGACGCCCAUCAUAUACGAAGGUGAACUUCAGCGUGAGGAGGACGUCUUGGAAUGGUUGGUGCAGAAUAAAUCCACGGGCGAUGAAGACGAUGUGAUCGAAGAUGUCACAUCGAAGACCCUAUCGACCCUUAUCAGUAAUAUUGAUAAUCUGGUGGUUCUGUUUUAUGAUCAUGGCAAUGAUGAUUCGAUGACCGUAUUAGAGGAGCUAGAGCAAAUUGACGACGACUGCGACAAGCAUGGCAUUCAAUUUGUGAAAAUUGAUGAUGCUAAAGCGGCAGGCGAUUAUGGAAUCGAUUCGAUUCCAGCAAUUGUUUACUUUGAGAAAGAAAUUCCAAACGUGUACGAUGGCGAUCUGUUGGAUGAGGAGCAGAUAUUGAAAUGGCUAUUGGGACAAUUGGAACGUGAUGAAAUCGAGGAUGUGACCGAUGAAAUGCUCGAUACCAUGAUCAAAGAGGGACGCGUUAUUGCAGUGCUUUUCUAUGACAACAAUGACAAGAAAUCGCAAAAGGUUUUGGAAGAACUGGAAAACAUUGAUGACGAAUGCGAUGCCUUGGGCAUUACUUUUGUGAAAAUCGACAAUCCCGAUGAGGCCGUUGAAUAUGGCAUCAAUAAAGUUCCUAAACUGAUAUACUUUGAAAAAGGCAUUCCAACUAUAUACGAAGGCAAUCUGGAGGAUGAGGAGAAACUACUUAAAUGGUUAACGGAUCAGACAAGUUCCGAUCAAAUUGAGGAUAUUACCGAUGAAAUGUUGGAUUUGAUCAUUGAGAAAAUGCCCCAUGUGGCUGUGUUGUUCUACGACAAAGACCAAAAGAAAUCACAGAAAAUCCUCGCAGAGUUGGAAAACAUUGACGAUGAGUGCGAUCAGAAUGAUAUUGCCUUUGUCAAAAUCGAUGAUGACAAGGAGGCCAAAGAAUGGGGCAUCGAUGAGAUACCAUCGAUUGUACUCUUUGAACGUGGCAUUCCACAUAUCUACGAGGGUGAUCUGAUGAAGGAAGAUGAGUUGCUGGGCUGGUUGGUUCACCAGAAGCGUUAUUCCGAGAUUCCAGAGGUUACCGAUGAAAUGAAGGACAAAUUGGUCGAGAAUACUGAACAUUUGGCAGUUAUUUUCUACGAUAAGGAUGACAAGCAGGAUAUGCGCAUUCUGAACGAAUUGGAGAACAUUGACGAUGAGCUCGAGAAGGAGGGCAUUGUCAUUGUGCGCAUCGAUAAUGCCGCUGAGGCUAAGGAAUAUGGCUUGGAUCAUCUGCCUGCUCUCAUUUACUUUGAGAACAAGAUUCCUGCCCUUUAUGAGGGUGAUCUAAUGAAUGAGGAUGAGGUCCUGGAAUGGCUGUUGGUGCAGAAGAAAACGGCUACCAUUGAGGAGGUCACCGAUGAGAUUCUGGUUAAUCUGAUCAAUGAGCAUGAAUACGUGGUCGUCUUCUUCACCGGCCCCUGUGAGCCUGGUGAGACCUGUGACCACACUCUCAACGCCUUGGAGAGCAUCGACGAUGAGUUGGAUGAGGCUGGCAUUAUUUUCGUCACCACCGAGGAUACCGGUGUGGCCAAGAAGUAUAAUGUGAAAACGUAUCCACGUUUGGUAUUCUUCCGUAAUCGUGACCCAUUGCAUUUCACCGGCGAUCUGGAUGAUGAGGAUGAAGUUUUGGCCUGGAUCACCGACGAUGACACACUCGAGAUUCCCGGCAAAAUCGAGGAGGUCAAUGUGAAAAUGCUGGAUAAGAUUUUGUCCGAGAAUGAUCAUGUGGUCGUCUUCUUCUAUGCCGAGGGUGAUAAGAAGGCCCAAAAGAUUCUUAACGAAUUGGAGAAUAUCGAUGAUGAGUGCGAGGAAAAAGACAUUGACUUUGUGAAGACAUCCGAUGAUGAUAUUGAUAAGGAAUACGAUUUGCCCGGUUUGCCGGCGCUUGCAUUUUAUAGACAUAAGUUUAGAACAAUUUAUACCGGUGACCUGAUGAAGGAAGAAGAAAUCCUCGAGUGGGUCAUUGAUCUGCAUGAGUCGACUGCCGAUGUGAUUGAGUCGGUCGAUCGUAAGACCCUUCAAGUUCUGAUCAAUGAUGUUGAACAUUUGGCUGUUUUCUUCUACGAUGACGAGUGCGAGUCCUGUGCAGGCAUUUUGGAUGAAUUGGAAAAUAUCGACGAUGAUACUGAUAAACAUGGAAUUCAGUUUGUUAAAUCGAACGAUGUUAAAUUGGCUCACGAAAUUGGCAUUUUCGCAUUCCCAGCUUUGGUCUAUUAUGAGACAGGCGUGCCGAUCAUGUAUGAUGGUAAUCUCAAAAAUGAAAAUCGUGUGCUGCAGUGGUUAAUCAAUCAAAAGAGCAACAAUGACGAUGGAAGUGAUGAAAAAAUUGUUAAAUUGAGCUAUCCUAAAGAAAGCGAUGAGGAUAAAAGGGAAAGACUAAAACGACUACAGCAAGCAAUACGUAAACGCAAGGCGAAAGAAAAUCGAAAGGGUAGACGCGGUGAGGACGACGAUGACAAUGAUGAUGACAAUGACAAUGACGAUGACAAUGACAAUGACGAAGAAGACGAUGAUGAAGACAACGAUGAUAAUAAUGGUGACGAAGAUGACCAAGACGAGGACGAAGACAAUGGGGAUAAUAAUGACGACGACGAUGAAGAAGAUGAAGAAGAUAAUAAUGAAGACGAUAAUGAUGAGGAAGAUGAAGAAGAUAAUGAUGAGGAAGAUGAAGAUGAAGAUAACGAUGAAGAUGAAGAUGAAGAUGAUAAUAAUAAAGAUGAUGAAGAUGAUAAUAAUAAUGACGAGGACGAUGAAGAAGAUAAUGAUGAAGAAGAUGAAGAUGAUAAUAAUAAUGACGAGGACGAUGAAGAAGACAAUGACGAAGAGGAUGAAAAUGAUAAUGGGGAAGAUGAUGAAGAAGAUAAUGACGAAGACAACGACAAAGACAAUGACGAUGAUAAUGAUGAAGACAAUGAUGAAGACGAUGAUGAAGACAAUGAUGAAGAAGAUAAAGAAAAUGACGACGAUGACGGGGAUAAUGAUGACGAUGAUGAGAAUGACAAAGAUGACGACGAAGACGAUGAAGAAGACAACGACGAAGACAAUGGCGACAAUGACGAUGAAGACAAUGAUGAAGAAGAUGGUGAUAAUGACGAGGAUAAUGAAGAUAAUAAUGACGAAGAUGACGAGGAGGAUAAUGACAAAGACAAUGGUGAUAAUGACGAUGAAGAAGAUGAGGAUGAUGAGGAGGACAAUAACAAAGAUGAAGACGAUGAUGAUGAGGACAAUGAUAAUGAUGAAAAUGGAGAUGAAGAAGAUGAUGAUGAUGAAAACAAUAAUGACGAUGAGGAUGAUGACGAUAACGACAAAGAUAACGAUGAUGAUAAUGACGAAAAUGACGAGGACGACGAAGAGAAUGACAAAGACAAUGACGAAGACAAUGACGAAGACAAUGACGAAGACAAUGAUGAAGACGACGAUGACGAUGAGGAAGAAGACAUUAAAAGCAAACCGAAAUUCAAGCACACUGCAAGGGGCAGAACUAUACAUCGGCUUUCUGAUCUAUGCUCGGGUCGCCUUAUAGAUGAAAUAGAUGACGAAUGUUUCUAUGUUGGAUUGGGUCAUGACGGCCAUUCAGCUAAGCGCGGCAACAAUUAUGUGCCCAACGAUUACAAACCAUUCCAAUGCUGUCCAACCAAAUUGGAGAAAUCAACGAAAGUUCCUAAAAUGACGGCCCAGCGGAUUGGCCACCACAGUGACGGAGAUUCGGCGGGCAAGCGACCAGGCGGAAACUUCCAGUUUGCCAGCAGCAAACCAGCAGCCGACCAGCAGCCCGUCGUCAGCAAGAAGCAGGCCAAGCGAGUCCAAGAUAACGAUGAUGAUGACGAUGAGGACGACGAUGAUGAUAAGCCCUUGGUGAAGGUGUCGUAUGCAAAUAAACGAUCCGGUUCCAGCUCAUCGGGCAGCAACAAGCCACAGGCAGCCAAGAAGCCUGUCGUUUCCCAUGAUGAUGAUGAUUCCCAGGAAGUGGAAAAGGCAUCGAAGAAGUCGUCCAAGAAAUCGGGCAAGCUGAAUGUUAAAACUGGCAUAAAUUUUUUCCAAAAACGACUAAAAAAUAUGUAUGACCUCAUUUUUCAGGAUAUCUCUCUGUGGGAGUAAGGCAACAAUUUUAAAUACCAAAACCAAUUAAUGAACAAAGCAUAAUGAAUUGUAUGAGAUUGUAAUUAAAGUAGCAAAAUUUAUGUUGUCCAAUCAAGAAUAUCAAAACUAAAACAAAUCAAGAACCUGUAAUGAAAAGACAACAAUAAGAGCAACAACAACAACAUCAACAACAACUGGCUGUGUUUAAAACAAGCUGAAAAAACUGUAAAACCCCCGAAAAAAAACGCACUGCCUAGGCUUUACUUUAAUUUAAAUUUUUGUAAACUCAUACAAAACUCGGAUGAACCUUAAUCAGAUAGUGAGAGAGGGAACAAACGAGAAGAAGCGAUUGUCGUUUGCGCCAUUCUCUUUGUUCCACUCUCGUUGUUCCACACACGAUGAAGAGGCGAAUCGUUUAUCGAAAAUCGAAGAUCGUUAAAGAUCCAAACGCAACUCAAAACUUAACUCAAAACAAUCUUAACUAAUUUAACUCAGAAACUUUGCUAAUCUAUCUAUUUCUAAACUGAAUCCUAAUUUUGUUGCAUUUUGUCAAAACGGAAAAUGGAAAAAUCAAACAACUUUGUUCAAACUUUAAGCAAUUACUGCAACAACUUUUAAAAGCAAAACUUAAACGAAAAAAAAAACAAAUACAAAAACUAAAAAAAAAUGUAAAAACUUUAACUACUACAAACUUUUGUAAAUCAUUUUUGCUGCUAUUAUAUUGUUAUUAACAAUAUACGCGUAUAUCGAUGCAAAUGUCAAUGUCAAUAACCGAAAGCCUACAACUUUUUUGAUACUACUUACUAUUUUUGGUACACAAUAUAUACAAAUAAAAUGAAAGAAAAAUCAUUUUACAUUUAUGUAGAAUAUAAUAGAAUAUAAAUAUUUUUUGAAACAAUUUUUACAAGAGCUAAAGCAAAAACUUAAAGCAAACCAAAACCAAAAGAAACUGUUAACUAUUUUAACUAGAGCAGAGCAAACUUACUUACUCACACAUACAAACAAUAUAAUGUAUACUUAAUCUUAAUAUUUUGUAAAAUCAAAGAAAACUCGUGAAAACUCCCAGCGGAGAGUCUACACACACGCUUUUCUUUUGAUACUUCAUUUUUGUGUCUUAAAUGGCCUCGCAAAUGUUAGCCAUAAUGAAAUUGUUUUCAAUUUGUUUUCUUCUGAGAGCUGUUCGAUCGGUUGGCUAGCUCAACUGUUGUUUUUGUUAUCGAUAUUUAUGUGCAAAUAUCGAAUUGUAUCUUAAUAAUUAUAUUAUGUUUUCCCUUAGUCCUUGUCACACACACACACACAUUAUCAUUACUAUCAAUUAUUAUUAUUAUUAUUACUAUUCUUAUAAUUAUUAUUUGUUGAACAGCAGCUACAAAUCGAAAAAUGGGAACAGAUUACAUGCGAACAUUGUAAGCAAAUCACAAAAAACCAAAAAACUGAAUCAUUGUAAAAA